UUUGUCCCGUAGAAGUCCUGCUGGAAAGAAAACAGUGGGUGGACCGAAGAGAGAGAAAGAGAGAGAAGAGAGAAUUACUUGGCUUUGACCGUUUCCAACAAAGACACCAAAUUUGGACCUGAAUAAGACUCUAUUCAACUCGACUUGCAUGAAUGGCUUUUCUCCGUACUUUUGGCCUCCUGUUCUUGGCAGCAUCUUCAUGGGGGUCAAGAGGUGAUGACUGCAGAUGUGAUGAAAGACCCAAUACCUGCCCUCUGAUGUCGGGGUUUUCAGGAGAAAAGGGUGAUCGAGGAGUACAAGGAGUACAAGGCCCCCCAGGAAAAGCUGGGCCACCAGGCCCUCCAGGAAACCCGGGGCCAGUAGGUGAAAGAGGACCAAAGGGAGACCAUGGAGGAAGAGAACUGCAGCGCCUUGAAUCGGAAGUGGACACUCUAAGAAGAGAACUGAAUGACUUGAUGGUCGCUGUCACCAAUAGUCGAAAUGCUCACCUGUUCCCAAAUGGAAGAACUGUCGGUGGAAAGAUAUUCAAAACGGACGGUUCCCAAGGCAGCUUUGAGGCUUCCAAAGCCACAUGCUUCCAGGCCGGAGGCCAGCUGGCUUCCCCAAGGAACGCUUCCGAGAACUCAGCCGUCCAACAGAUCAUUGCUCGCCAUAACAAGGCGGCCUAUCUGGGAAUCAGCGACAUGCAGAACGAAGGCACCUUUGCGUAUCUGUGCGGCGACGAAAUCGGGUACAUGAACUGGGCCGACGAGGAGCCCAAUAACGCCGGCGGGAAAGAGGACUGCGUCGAAAUGUAUCUGGAUGGCAAGUGGAAUGACAGAUCCUGCACCGAGAGGCGACUGAUCAUAUGCGAAUUUUAACCAAGUGGCUGUAUUCGGGAAUGCAUAACGAAUACCCUGCCAGGCAACUGGUACCGAUUUUGGCCUGGCAUAACACUGAAUCCCAGAGAUUCCCCCAUGGCAUCUCAGAACAUGAGAGAAGCCAUGUUGGAUCAGGCCAAUGGCCCAUCCAGUCCAACACUCUGUGUCAUACAGUGGCCAAAAAAAGGUGCCAUCAGGAGGUCCAAACACCAAGAAUAGAGCAUCACUGUCCCAGA